GGUCACGAGGGCAGGAAGUCGUCUGCACAUGUUUUUGUUUACAAAUUGAACAUUUUCCAAUAUUAGUCUAUCUCCUUUCCUGAGAAGUUGUAUAGAAUGUGCAUAAGCUGGUUUUUGUCCUCAUGAUGUGGUCUGGCGGUUCUUGUUUAAAUGGGAAGGAUGGUAUUUUAGAUGCCUUGUUCUAUGACCAAAGAAAUGAGGACAGGAAUGAAGUACUCCCUUUAACAGCCGUAAUCAGACCAUCAGUUCCAGCUCCACCCACUGAUUUAGAAAAUGUUAUGCUUUCACAAGCAUUUAAAAAUACUGAAUCAUCGCAAGCCCCACCUUCAUACACAAAAGGUACUAGUAUUUUGGAUGAACUUUUACCUCCAACUCAACAAGAGAGAAAAACUCAGCCAGUUACACCAGCGAUCCAGAAUCUACCAAAAGCCUCUCAAAGAAGACCUGACAUUUUGUCACUACAGAAUAAAAGUUUCAACAAACCAGUGUUUAAAACACCAUACAAAGAAAGGUCUGGUCAAAUCUUGUCCCCACUAUCAGAGCAUUCUGGUAGUUUUGAGUCAGCUGAAUCUGCUAGUCAGAUAUCUCAAUUUUCUAACAGUCAUUAUGAUAGAUACUCAUCUUCUCAGAAGAAUUUAUUUCCCAGCCAAAGUAAUAGGCAAGCAAAGACUCCAGCAAAUGCCACUUUUUAUUCAGACCAUUUAGAGACACCUUUACCAUGGAGUAUUCCAGGUAUCACACCUGGGGGGUCAAGUCAAGAAAUAUCAAAGCUUAAGUCUGUUGCAGAACUACCUGAUCAGUUCAGAAAUAUUUUCCCUUUUCCAUACUUCAAUGUGGUACAGUCCAAAGUUUUUGAUGAUGUUAUGUACACAGAUAACCCUUUAGUUGUCUGUGCACCGACUGGGGCUGGAAAGACAGUCAUAUUUGAACUAGCCAUUGUGAGAUUACUUUUGCAAUACAGCUUCAAUGUAGCAGAUCAUGUCAAAAUUGUGUACAUGGCACCUAUCAAAGCUUUGUGUAGCGAAAGAUAUGAAGACUGGAGGCCAAGAUUUGAACCCCUUGGACUGAAGUGCAAAGAGCUCACUGGAGAUACUGAGUUAGAUGAUUACUUUGAACUGCAGGAAGUGAAUAUUAUCAUGACAACACCAGAAAAAUGGGACAGUAUGACAAGAAAAUGGAGAGAUAACAAGUCUCUUGUCCAGCUGGUAAAACUUUUUUUGGUAGAUGAGAUCCACAUCUUGAAUGAUGAAACCAGAGGAGCCACAAUGGAAGCUGUGAUUAGCAGAAUGAAGACUAUCCGAAGGGCAAUCUCUAGAGAGCCUGGUGGGGAAGUGGACAUACCAAUGAGGUUCAUUACCAUAUCAGCUACUAUACCAAACAUAGGGGAUAUAGCAGAGUGGUUGAGUACAGAUAAAGUCACUGCAUCAUUUUACAAGAUGGAUGAUAGUCACAGACCAGUCAAGCUUAGGAAAGUGGUUCUUGGCUAUCCAUGCACUGGCAAUCAGUCUGAAUUCAGAUUUGAUCUGUCUCUUAACUAUAAGUUAUCAAGUGUUAUCCAAACUUAUGCAGAGCAGAAGCCAACUUUAGUGUUUUGUGCCACCAGAAAAAGUGCCCAGCAAGCAGCCAGUAUGCUUGUAAAAGAGGCCAGGUUUAUAAUGAAUUCCCAACACAAGCAAGUACUUCAAAAAGAAGCAAAUGUGAUGAGGGACUCCAAAUUGAGGGACCUAGUGAUGUGUGGUGUUGGAUAUCAUCAUGCAGGCCUUGAUAUGCAAGACAGGAAGAAUCUGGAGAGUCUUUUCCUUAGAGGAGAGUUGCCAGUUUUAAUGGCAACCAGCACUCUUGCAAUGGGUGUCAAUUUACCUGCACACUUAGUGAUAAUUAAGUCUACUCAACACUAUGUGAUGGGAAUGUAUGAAGAGUAUAGUGAGACCCAGAUUUUACAAAUGAUUGGCAGGGCUGGCCGACCACAGUUUGAUGUGUCAGCUACAGCAGUGAUAAUGACCAGAGCAAGUACUAAGGCCAAGUAUGAUGCAUUACUAGGGGGAAAACAGAUGAUAGAAAGCAGUUUACACAAGCAUUUGAUAGAACAUCUGAAUGCAGAAGUGGUUUUAAACACAAUUACAGAUGUCUCAGUUGCCUUAGAAUGGAUUAAGUCCACUUUUCUGUACAUAAGGCUGAUAAAGAAUCCAAAGCAUUAUGGAAUACCAACAGGUUUGAACAAAGAGGGAAUAGAAAAGCAUCUCCAAGACUUAUGCUUAAAGAACCUGAAUCAGCUAUCCCAUAUUGACCUGAUAUGGAUGGAUGAAGACCAUUUUGAUAUGAAACCAACAGAAUCUGGCAGACUAAUGGCAAGGUAUUGUAUAGGCUAUGAAACCAUGAAAAGGUUCACUGGAGUUCUAGGGUCUGAAAACUUAAAUGAAUUGCUGAUUGUGGUGGCCAACUGUCAAGAAUUUCAUGACAUUCAGUUGAGAACCAGUGAGAAAAAAACACUGAACACCCUGAACAUAGAUAAAAACAGAGUCACAAUAAGAUAUUCAAUGGAGGGAAAAAUCAAGACAAAGGAAAUGAAAGUGAAUUGUCUGAUUCAGGCUCAGCUGGGCAGCUUACCUGUUCAGGAUUUUGGACUUUCACAAGAUAUGGCCAAAAUCUUCAGGGCUGGGACAAGAGUUGCAAGAUGUCUGGUUGAAUUCUUGUGGCAGAGGUGUAGUUUCAAAGCCUUGUUGUCUGCUGUUAUUCUUUCGAAGUGCUUCAAGGCUAGACUUUGGGAAAAUUCUAAAUAUGUCUGCAGGCAGCUGGAUGGAAUAGGUCCUGCACUCUCCAAUGCGCUGGUGAAUUCUGGAGUAGUGAGUUUCCAGAAAGUAGAAGAGACAAACCCAAGGGAACUUGAAUUGAUUGUAAACCGUCACCCUCCCUUUGGAAAUAAUCUAAGGGAUGCAGCUGCUGGCCUGCCAAAGUAUGAAAUAUCUAUAGAGCAGACUAGCAAGUACAACAGUGAGCAUGCAGAGAUCUCUGUGACUGUGCAACUAACCAACCAUGCUGACGUGACAAUGAAGAGCACUGCAGGAUUAAGCCAUACUUGCGCCUUGCUGAUUGGAGAUGCUGACAACAGGAUUGUGUACAAGAUGAGAAUAACAGAUGCGAUUUUGAUCAAAACUGGAACUUGGUCCAAGAAGAUAGAGGUGAAAAGGGCAAGCAGGGGAGAAGAGCUUAGUAUCAACUUUGUGAGCCAAGAAUGGGUUGGACUGGAUGUGCAAAGCACAUAUACGCCAUUCUACACUGGUGCUAAGAAACUUGCAAGAAAUGAAGAAGUCCAAAAAACAAAGGUAUUGAAAACCUGCAAGAAUGACACACCAUGCAGCACAAGUAGUGAAUAUGAUGUUUCUCCAAACUCUGCAGGAGAUGGAAGCCCCAAUAAUCAUCAUCUGCACAACAGAAUGCCAUGUGGACAUCGUUGCAACAACAAAUCUGCAUGCGGCCAUGAAUGUUGCAAAUUUGGAAUUGCCUUAAAGAGACCUCAAAAGCAGCAGCAAGGGUCAAGUUUUGAUAAGCCAAAGUCAGCUCCAAGAAGUGCCACAAAGGUUGACAAAAUGGAUACCUAUGUCCAGAGUUUGAAGCAAAAAGCACAACACAUUCCAGAAACUCCAAACAUAAAAAGGCUAAAGAUGUCAAGUGAUGUUAGACCAGGCAUUGGGAAAUUUGCCUACACACCACGUGGAGUUAGAAAGAUCCCCUUUGCACAGACACCAAAUCAGUUUACUCAUCUGCCAACUGCAACUACACCUCAUGGUUGGGAUGAGCUGGACUUUUACCAACAGCAACGGACAAACUUGGAUUAUUGUGUUGAGACAGAUAAUGAUGAUCCCCCUCAAAGUUCUAUCUCUUCAACAUCCAGUGCCUUCAAGAAAGCAGGUGAACCCCAACAGAGUUAUAUCACUCCAACAUCCACUACCUUUGGGAACAGAUCUUAUACAAAUCACAUGUUUGGUCCACUACCUGAAAGUGAUGAAGAUAUUGAUCCUACAAAAGCUGUGGUUUAUGAUGAAUCACACGAUUUCAAUCUUGAGCACAAUGAAAAUGAUGAGCUGCCAGAUCUAGUCGGAUGUCCCAAACCAAGAAACAAACUUAAUUCCCAAUGGCCAAAAAUUGACAUACCAAAAAGGUCUACUGCUUUGUCUUUUGCUACAAAUUCAUUUGAUCCAGUUGCUCCUCAAGAUGAAAGCCCAAAUUUUGACCUCCAGUUAGGGGAUGAUUUUGAAGAGGAUAAAGUACCUGAAGUGACUGCUGGAGAAAAUGCUAUCCAGUACAAGCAAAUAACAAGAAAACAGGGCAGGGUCUUUGCAUGGAGAAGUAAUGCAUCUGCUCAGAACAAGUCAAACAACCCUAUCAAGAGGUUCCACUAUCCCAAACAUGAAAAGUUAGGGUCUCACAACUGUGAAAGAGGAAACCUCUUAACAACAGACAAAGGAGAUACUAGUGGUGCAAUGCGUAUCAAGCACAAAUUGUCUUCACCAAUAAGGAAAAACGAUUUCGUAUCAGCUCACCAGGCAUUUCUUUCUCCCACUGACAAAAGGUUGAAAUCAAAUGCAGUCUCUCCAGCUAUGAGCUCUGAUGAUGAUGAUUUACUUGCCAGUUUUGUUGCUCAGAAGGAAAAUGAACUGUUUGCAAUGAAGCAGGGAGUUUCACCAGUCAUACCGAUAAUACCACAGAGACCCUCCCCUUUGCCCAACAGUCCCAAAUGUGCUUCUUCUGUCCCACCUGCUAAUUCAUUUGAUAGCUGUGGAUUACAAAGAACAGCUAAGAAUUUACAAAGGGGCUGUGGAAUGGUUGUUACUGCAGAUAGCGAGAGUACAAAUAAAGAACUGAAAGAUGCAGUGGAUGUGUUCAACAACAUAUUUGAUGGCAUAUUUUAACCAUGGUGGGAAAUGCCAAAUACCAGAGGCAUCAGUGAGAGUGUUUCUACCAUAAUACACAAUGAGGUCAAAUAAUUUAAGAAAUGUUAACAUUAAUUUAAGGAAUGUUUUAACAUUCAAGAAGUGAAAUUGUAGGAUGGCCAUGUGUGAAUCAGUUAACACUAAUUGGUCAGCUGAAGACAGGAUUUUUAAGUGUAAUAACAAAGUGUACUUUUCACUGGAAUUACAUCACAAGAGCCGAGAGACUGUUGCCUUACCAAAGUUUAUAUCAGUACCAAUGCAUAUUUUCAUCCAACAAUCAGCAUGAGAUAUAUAUCUUUGAUUUGUGGCUUUUAAUCUUUUUAUCCACCAUCUCUUUACUGAAAACAUGCCAAUUUCAUGUCCUCAAUGUUGGCACCAGUUUUAAGGUUCCUACUUUAGUAAUUUUGAACUAUUUCUAAACUACAUUUUUUCCAGUCAUUUAGAAUUGGUGAUUUACUAGAGCAAGUAUUAAACAUUCUAUAAAGUUAAAUUUAAAGUUAUUUAUACUUUUAUGUCAGUGAUAAAUAAAUUAAAAGAAAAGAAUAACACUGAUUUUUAAAAUAACAUUAAAAUACUUUAUGUCACAAGAAGCAUUUUAAUUACUAUGAAAAAUGUUGGCACAACUUAAGAAACAGACCUGUGUAUUCAUGAAAACUGAAAAAACACAACUAUUAAAUUAUUUUUUUGCAAUGGCAGUGUACUGUUGUUGAACCACCACCAGAAAUAGCAAUCUAAAACAUAUCAUAUCUGUCAUAAAUUCAUUAGCAAUAUUGUUUCUUUUAAGCUGUAACCAAUUUAACACAUAAUCUUCGCACUGCUAUGGUACUUAUAACAAACUGGCAUAGAUCCAAUGCACAUGGUUCUUCCAAGCCUCACCAUGCCAUUUUGCUAUCCCAUUUUCUGUUGACAGGGAUGACUGGCCCUUGAAGCUGUGAUGAUAGCCAGUCCCAAACCUAUUCCACUCAUAGUCACAUUAGAAUUUGAUUGGAUCACAACAGGUUCAUCACUAUAACUGUUGGUCCAGGUUCCACACAUUUUCAAAAAUGAAAUGAAGUGCUCAGUCGACUUCACAUGCAUCACUUACGGGUUGGCCUCUCUAGUACAUUUUCAAAGAGCCCAUAUGCCACAUGUUCAAACGUGAUUUUCUUCACAUCUUAGAGACAUGAUGACAGCAGAGUGUCAAUUAUUCGUUGUGACUUGUUUUAUCAGCUU